UUCUAAGAUUAUAUUCCCGAGAGCAAUCAGUUGAGUGUUUUUGUUUUUGCCGGGAGUCAAACCCCAAGGAGAGAUAAGUUCAGUUCGAUUCGUUUACUCACUGGAACCGGAAGAGUUUACCCGGCGAAUGCAAUUGGAUUACGUCCGGAACUAAAAUAUAAUUCCUAGCUGAUCCUAAAAAAAAAUAUGGAGUCUGAAUGGAAUCGUUUGAUUUUAUUGGCUCUACUUGGUCUAGCUGUGGGUAGGAAUUCGGAGGCUGCCAAGAUCCUAGUACUGUUUCCCCAUGCCAACGAGGGUCAUUUUGCGGUGAUGAGAACUCUGGUCACGGAAUUAGCCAGCCGACAGCACAUAGUUGAAGUCUAUACGGGUCAUGGCUUAGGAGAAACUCUGGACAAUGUGACGGAAACAGUGACUGCAGAAUAUCCUUUUUGGAGCGAAUUGCAAAAACAUGCGGCACCCAAGGGAAACCUAGCCGAUCUUGGUCGGUUACCCACUGAAAAGCUUCGCCAGUCGUUGGCCGUUGUGGGAGCCCAAGCACUGGAUAAAUUCCUCGCCCAAGAACCCAUUCAAAAACUGCUCAAGAUGAGUUAUCUGGAGUUUGAUUUCGAUGUGAUUUUAGUGGACUACUUCUACACGGAGGCUUUGUUGGCAUUGGGAGCUCUCCACCAGCGUCCUGUUAUUGGAAUAAUUUCCACAGAUUUUGCCAGCUAUAUGGAUGCAGUGCACGAAACAUUGGUUCCUGCGGCCUGUUCCCCCAUCGAUUUUAAUAGCGAUUUUUCCCAGCUGGGAUUCUCCGAGAGACUUGGCAACAUCCGGGAGUGCAUCGCCCGCAGAAAACAGUUUACCAAGAAUCAUUAUGGAAGUCAGGAGCAACUGGUGGCCAAGUACUUUAAGUUGCAACAAUCGAUAGAAGAAUUGCAGGCCAAUCAGUUAUCCCUCCUUCUGCUCAAUAGUCACGUACCCUUAAUGACUCCCAGAGUUAGUAUCCAGCAGAUAGUUCCCGCUGGAGGUCUGCAUAUCCGGGGUCCCAAGGAACUUCCCUGGAAUGUGAAGCGCUUCCUGGACGAGGCGCGUCCUGCAGUUAUUUACGUUCAGCUGGGAAAUGAGCAGCCUUGUGGGCAGUUAGCCAAGGAUAAGUUGGAUGCACUCUUGACCUUCUUCUCGGCCAGAAAAGAGAGCGUUAUUUGGACCUGCCAUGAUGUCAAGACCUUGGAGGGUUUACCCAAGAAUGUGAUGAUCCAGCACGCAGUGCCACAGAUCGACAUCUUGGCACAUCCAAGGGUGAAGGUUUUCCUGACCAAUGGAGAUCUAUUGAACCUACAAGAGGGAAUUGUGAGGAAUGUGCCCAUUUUGGGAUUGCCCCUUUUCCAGCACGAAAAGAGGAAUGUGGAAUUGGCAGUGCGAUUGGGAGUUGGUUUGCAACUAGAAGAGGGAAAUGUGACUAGUAGUUCGCUCAACUGGGCAGUGGAUAGGCUGAUCGGGGAGUCACAUUACCAUCUGACCAUCCGUGAUGUGUCGCUGGAGUUCAGAGAUCGUCCUCUUGGCGCUCUCGCCAGUGCCCUCUUCUGGGUGAACUACGUGGCUCGGCACAAAGGAGGAGCGGCUGUGAAGACUAGAGGAAUUGGCAUCUCCUCCUGCCAAUUGCACCUGUUCGACCUGUUUGUGUUCUACGCUGGAGUAGCUUCUCUGGUUGUGACCUUGCUGGCGGCACUCAGUUAUGGCGGCUAUUAUGUUUGGAAUAAGAAAAACAAUUCCAAGUCCACGAAAGUAAACUAAGAUUUAUGUAUGAACAUUAAGUGCAUCUUAAGCAUUUUCAAUGAAAUAUGAAUCAGAGUUCAUUAAAGCUGAGUCAGUAACAUUUUUUGUGGA